AUGCUAACUCGAUUAUAUUUUACUCCUGUUCACCGCCAAGAAGAUAGCAACACUUUAACGGUUGGUGUUAAUAGUAGUGAAGCAGGUAGCCAACAAUCACUUGUCAGCAAUGAAUCAAGUGCGAGUAGUUUACAAAGUAAUGAUGAAAAUAUCCAAAUUUCAUCUUAUUCUGCAACAACUUGGCAAUUAUUAAAGUUAUGCAAACCUGAUUGGCAUUAUAUUUUUGGCGGAUUUAUAUUUUUACUUGCAGCAUCGGUAACGGAAAUAUUUAUACCAUACUUUGAAGGACAUGUUAUCAAUGAUAUCGUCAAAUCAACAUCGGAUACCCAAAUUCGGGAUGCCAUUAUCACAUUAGGACUAAUUACUUUUGCCACUUCAGUUUGUACUGGGAUCCGUGGUGGCUUAUUUAUGGUUGCAGUGGCACGAAUGAAUAUCAGGAUUCGAAAUUUACUUUUCCAAUCUGUUGUCAAACAAGACAUUAGCUUCUUUGAUCAAUCGACCACCGGUGAAAUAACGUCUCGAUUAACGUCAGAUGUAACUAAAAUGAGCGAUGAAGUAACACUCAAUAUUAACACUUUCCUGCGUGGCAUUAUUAAAGUCAUUGGUACUACUAUCUUCAUGUUCGUCUUAUCCUUUCGUCUAACAGUAGUUACCUUAAUCAGUUUACCACUUAUCGCGAUUAUAGUUGACUAUUUUGGAGAAUGGUACAAGAAACUAUCGAAGAGCGUACAAGAUUCAUUAGCUAGUGCUAAUGGCGUCGCAGAAGAAGUCUGUUCUUCUAUCAAAACUGUCCGAAGUUUCGCUUGUGAGUCCUACGAAAUCCAACGAUAUGCUAAAAAACUGAAAAUAACUUACGGCCAUAAAUUGAAGCAAGCCAUCCUUUAUGCAGGGUUUGAAUUUACUAACGAGAUGUUGGAUCUUGCUAUUACCGUUGUAACCUUGUACUAUGGUGGUCAUCUAGUAAUUACCGGUCAAAUUUCAGGGGGAAUGUUUAUUGCUUUUAUUUUAUACCAGCUUGAAAUGGGAGAGUCUGUCGAGGACUUAGGUGAGGUUUACACUGGCUUAAUGCAGGCAGUUGGCGCAGCAGAUAAAGUUUUCGAACUGUUAGAUCGAAAAUCAGAAUUUACUUGUAAUGGUACAUAUGCACCUGCACAAUUAUCUGGCCAUAUCCAAUUUAAGGAUGUUUCUUUUUCCUAUCCAUCAAAUCGUGAGCGAAUGGUACUUGAUAAGGUUUCAUUUGAAGCUAAACCAGGGGAAGUUAUUGCUCUCGUAGGACAAAGUGGUAGUGGAAAAUCAACAUGUAUUAGCUUGUUAGAAAGAUUUUACGAACCGGCAAGUGGAGAAAUUUUAAUAGAUUCGCAUCCUAUAUCGGAAUAUGAUCACGAAUAUCUCCACCGUAAGAUGGCUUUAGUUGGGCAGGAACCUGUAUUAUUUGCUCGUAAACUUGAGGAAAAUAUAGCGUACGGUCACGAAAACUGCGAAUUUGAAGAUAUUAGACAGUCAGCUAUUGAAGCUAAUGCGGACGAAUUUAUACAAGAUCUUCAUCAUGGUUAUGGUGCUUACGCUGGCGAGCGAGGUCAUAAUCUAUCAGGCGGUCAGAAACAAAGAAUUGCCAUUGCUAGAGCCAUCGUUAGAAAGCCUUGCAUUUUAUUGCUUGACGAAGCAACCAGUGCCUUAGAUGCAUAUAGUGAACACUUAGUACAGCAAGCAAUAAAGGCAAACUGCAAGAAUAGAACAGUUAUUAUCAUCGCUCAUAGAUUAAGUACCGUUGAAGAUGCCGAUAGAAUUUUGGUAAUUGAUAAAGGCAAAGUUGCUGAAGAAGGAAAUCACUUUUCUUUAUUAGCUAAGAAUGGAAUCUAUACCAAACUGGUCAAGAACCAAUUACUCAGCACGUCUAAAGAUUCCCCUCAACAAGAUGAACUUUGCUCAGAUGCUGAUCAAAAAAGCCCCACUACUCCUUCUCUAACAACUGAAGAGAUUUAA